GACACAAUCUCUCUUCUUCAAAUUCCUCCCCAAAAUGUCCUUUCCCAACAGCUCUCCUGCUGCUAAUACUUUUUUAGUAGAUUCCUUGAUCAGUGCCUGCAGGAGUGACAGUUUUUAUUCGAGCAGCGCCAGCAUGUACAUGCCACCACCUAGCGCAGACAUGGGGACCUAUGGAAUGCAAACCUGUGGACUGCUCCCGUCUCUGGCCAAAAGAGAAGUGAACCACCAAAAUAUGGGUAUGAAUGUGCAUCCUUAUAUACCUCAAGUAGACAGUUGGACAGACCCGAACAGAUCUUGUCGAAUAGAGCAACCUGUUACACAGCAAGUCCCUACUUGCUCCUUCACCACCAACAUUAAGGAAGAAUCCAAUUGCUGCAUGUAUUCUGAUAAGCGCAACAAACUCAUUUCUGCUGAGGUCCCUUCGUACCAGAGGCUGGUCCCUGAGUCCUGUCCCGUUGAGAACCCCGAGGUUCCUGUCCCUGGAUAUUUUAGACUGAGUCAGACCUACGCCACCGGGAAAACCCAAGAGUACAAUAACAGCCCCGAAGGCAGCUCCACAGUCAUGCUCCAGCUCAACCCUCGCGGCGCGGCCAAGCCGCAGCUCUCGGCCGCCCAGCUGCAGAUGGAAAAGAAGAUGAACGAGCCCUCGAGCGGCCAGGAGUCCACCAAAGUCUCCCAGGUGGAGAGCCCCGAGGCCAAGGGUGGCCUUCCGGAAGAGAGGAGCUGCCUGGCUGAGGUCUCCGUGUCCAGUCCCGAAGUACAGGAGAAGGAAAGCAAAGAGGAAAUCAAGUCUGAUACUCCAACCAGCAAUUGGCUCACUGCAAAGAGUGGCAGAAAGAAGAGGUGCCCUUACACUAAGCACCAAACGCUGGAAUUAGAAAAAGAGUUCUUGUUCAAUAUGUACCUCACCCGCGAGCGCCGCCUAGAGAUCAGUAAGAGCGUUAACCUCACCGACAGGCAGGUCAAGAUUUGGUUUCAAAACCGCCGAAUGAAACUCAAGAAGAUGAGCCGAGAGAACCGAAUCCGAGAACUGACCGCCAACCUCACCUUCUCUUAGGUCCGAGGCCCGCCGGAGGCCGAGAUCGGAGAGGGGGCACCGCGUUCCAGGGCCGAGUGCUGGAGGACUGGGAAGGCGGAAACAAAACCUUCAUUGCUCUUUGUUUUUUGUUUUGUUUUGUUUUGUUUCCUGCUAGAAUGUGACUUUGGGGUCAUUCUGUUCGUGCUGCAAGUGAUCUGU